UCCGUUCCAAGUCAUUUUAUUUAGUACAUUACCAGCAGUGUACAUACGGCAAUACGAGGUAGCAGAACACUCAAAACAGUUUGUUUUACAUCAUUGAGGUGACUCAGUGUUGGAGAAAGUAUAGUGAUAAGUUAUAAUAAUAGUAAAAUCGGUCAUUGAAAAUAUCGAACCACAUUUUACAAGAAAACCUUAUCUUCGGUAACUGUGCAAAAAUUGUGUUAACACUAGGGUCUCGAUAAUAAUUAUUAUACGUCUCAUAUUUUUUUAAGUGCUGUAAAUUACAUCAUUUUCAAUGUUAGAUUUUCAUUCAAAUAUAAAUGGUACUGGAAUUGCGAUGUCUCGAAAAAGAAGCAGAAGUCAUUGUGAAGAAUUAAUUACUUCGCCCACGUCACAUAUUCAGUCUUUAUCGGUGUCCAUAUGUAAGGAAGCUCCCUACAGCGAUGAACCAGAAGCUGUUAGAACUCGCGAAUUGUGUGACUAUUCCUAUAAAAUUACCUAUGAAAUGGCUAGAAGUGGAAGAGCUCCUCGUCCUGUCAGAGUGUAUGCCGAUGGUAUAUAUGACUUAUUCCAUCAAGGGCAUGCCAGACAAUUGAUGCAAGCAAAAAAUGUUUUUCCUAAUGUCUUCUUAAUUGUAGGAGUAUGUAAUGACUCAUUAACACAUAGUAAAAAGGGGCGUACUGUGAUGAAUGAAAUUGAGAGGUAUGAGGCUGUUAGACACUGCAGAUAUGUCGAUGAAAUUGUUCGUGAUGCUCCUUGGGAGGUUGAUGACGAAUACGUAGCCAAGCACAAAAUUGACUUCAUUGCACAUGAUGACAUUCCUUAUGGUACUGAUGAUAGUAAUGAUAUUUAUGCUCCAUGGAAAGCAAAAGGCAUGUUUGUGGCCACUGAAAGAACUGAAGGUGUUUCUACAUCGGACAUUGUGGCACGUAUUGUGAGAGAUUAUGAUAUUUAUGUUAGGAGGAAUUUAGCUAGGGGAUAUUCAGCGAAAGAUUUGAAUAUCUCUUAUCUCAGUGAAAAGAAAAUUAGACUGCAGAAUAAAAUGCAUGAACUGAAAGAUAAAGGACGGAGGGUAAUGGAUACUAUUGGUGAAAGGAAAGAUGAUAUGAUAGCUAAAUGGGAGGAGAAAUCUAGAGAAUUCAUUGAAAACUUCUUACUGCUUUUUGGAAGGGAAAGACUGUCAAAUAUUUGGAAUGAAAGCAAAGGUAAAAUAUUGAGUGCGCUGAGUCCUCCUACUUCUCCUUACCCUCCUGGGAGCCCAACAUCCAGUAAUGGUGAUUUUGAUUUCAUGGAAGAUGGACUGCCUCCAAGGAAGAAUCCACGGUAUGAUUCUCCUUCUCCAUCAUCAUCGUCUAAAAAUAAUUACUAUAACGCAGACGAUUAUAGUGAUGAGGAAGAAUGUGUAACAGCUAAUAGUGAUUAGCACUAAUAAAUUAUUAAUUCGUCAUUUUUCUGUGGUAUAAAUUUAAUGUGUAUACUAGAUUAUACUAUUCGAAUUUAUUUAUUAAAUUAUAUCAAUUA